CGUAGUAUCUGAGAAGCUCACCUUACGGCAGCGGCUGCGGCGUCUCUCUUUUUCUGUUGACGAAACGAAGUAGCGAGAGAUUCGGCAGAGACGGGGAGACUAUUAUUUUGGGAGAUUUUAUUGAAUUGUUUUGUUUAUUGUUAGCUUCGGAGGCGUUUUCCAGUUGGGGCAGUCAGUUAGUUAGUCAAGUCAGUUCAAUUGGACACGGUCUGUGGUGAAUCUAAUCAGCAUCGGUAUCGGUGGCAGUGCAGUGCGGUGAUUCCAUAUUCCAAGAGCAUCAUGCCAAUGGGACAAAUUUACGUGAUUCCAUUAUUUACAACCCAACAACUGCGACCGCACGACAUUUAGACCUCGACGGUUUUUUUGUGUAAAACUUUAUGUUUGUUUGAUUUAUUCGAAUCGAAGAAAAGAUAAAUUAUCUUUUUUGUUAAGCUUUCAUUGUUGAGUGAGCGGGAACGGGAACGGUCUAUCCCCGUCUGCCUGUAUGCAUCUGAGUGGUAGCACCAGCAUCAACAACAGCACCAUCGACAUCGAGAACAGCAACGAUAACGAAUCCGAAGCCGAAGGCUGUAAAUUCUGGUUUUGUAGUUGAUGUUGUUGAUGUUGCUUGUCGGCUGCGGUGGUGCACCUUCCCCGGUACGAACUGAGAGUGUCGUUCUAUGCAAAAUGAUGCAAAGACGUAAAGUUCACUUUUUGUGCUCCACGUCCACACCCGGCACGACGACGACGGGUAUUUUUCUAGUUGUCUGCAUAGUUUUUGUAGCCUUAUUCGGAUACUUGGAUGCAUCUGCUGAUCACAACUGUAACCAUAAACAUCCCAAGGCACACGAGGUUAUCCAUGGCGUACACACAGAGCCCGUCCACGUGAUACGAAAACGAAGCAUAAGUCAACCAUUAAGGAUUUUGCUGUUUUACGAUGAAUCCGUUUACAGAUUAGAUGAAGAUAAAUUCGAACUUAUCAACAAUACUGUAUUACCAGAAGCAGUACAAUUUUGGGAACAAGCGUUGAUGGUUCGUGAAACUAAAGGGAUCAUACGUUUAAACAGGAAAUGUGACAGCACACAAGUUUUUGUUAAGGACUCCCUAACCCACUGCAUAGAUCACUGUAAAUCGAUAACAAUGUGCGGUGAAGUUCAAGUUCCUGACGACCAUCUCGAUGUGUGUCGAGUGUGCAAUGCCACAGGCCAGGAUUGCCGCCCUGAACCCACAACACAACGAGGACAAGGCAUUCAAAAUGCUGAUUUUGUGUUCUAUGUGUCAGCCAGACAGACAGAACGUUGCCAUAAAGGCUUGACAGUGGCAUAUGCCGCUCACUGUCAACAAGAAGCUGCCCUAGACAGACCAAUAGCUGGUCAUGCCAACUUAUGUCCAGAUAGUAUAAGUACCAAACCACAGGAAUUACAAACACUCCUGUCCACUGUAAAGCAUGAAAUUUUACACGCCCUGGGCUUUUCAGUGAGCUUGUAUGCGUUCUUCCGCGAUGAACAUGGUGAGCCACGCACCCCCCGGAAAUCCGAUACGGGGAAACCUUACCUCAACGAAAAGCUACAGAUUCACCAGUGGAGUGACAAAACAAUACGAAAAAUUGUGCGAGAUAAGUGGUCUGUGAGGGGUGGGACGAUUCGAAAGGUGGUUGAUAUGAUGGUGACACCGCGUGUCGUCGAAGAGACUCGGAAACACUUCAACUGCCCUGACCUAGAGGGUGCCGAGCUGGAGGACCAGGGUGGCGAGGGAACAGCACUCACCCACUGGGAAAAGAGAAUUCUGGAGAAUGAAGCCAUGACUGGAACCCACACACAAUCUCCGGUGUUCUCCAGAAUCACCCUCGCCUUGAUGGAGGACUCAGGCUGGUAUAAGGCAAACUUUUCUAUGGCAUCGCCAUUAUCCUGGGGCAAAGGAUUGGGUUGUACCUUUGCAAUGCGAAGUUGCAAGGACUGGAUUCAAAUGAAUAAUGGAAGUUUUCAAAGCAAAGACGGAGAGGAUUCAAUGCGAGGCCGAUCAAUACACCCCUUCUGCUCGAAAGUCAAAAGAGAUCCCCUUCAAACAGAAUGCACCGAUGAUAGGAAUUCUGUUGCACUUUGUAACCUCAUAAGACACGACUACGAAUUGGCAAAAGAGUAUCAGAACUUUGAUACCAUAAACCAUGUUAAAGACGGUGAAGAGGGAUUUUAUGGUGGUUCAGUGUCCCUUGCCGAUCAUUGUCCCUACAUCCAAGAAUUCACUUGGCGAAGUAAAAACAUUAUCGUCCGGGGGUCACAUUGCAAAUUUGAAGAAAAUAAUCCAAAACCAGAAAAAAACUUCGCCUUGGAGAGUUAUGGCAAAGGAUCAAAGUGCUUUGAUCACAGCGAAAACAUGUGGGAAGAGCGAUCAUGUCGACAAACACGAGAAUGGCAGCACUGGGGAUCCGGCUGCUACAAAUAUAAAUGCGACAAUGGACGCCUCCAUAUAGUGGUUGCCAAUUACUCGUAUGAGUGUUUCUUCCCCGGCCAACAAUUGUCAAUUAGGGUCUUUGCCAAUGGAUGGCUUCACAAAGGUGCCAUCAUAUGUCCACCGUGCCAUGAACUUUGUGGAGAAUUCUUCCAACGGCAGGGAUCUCAAUGUAGGCUUCGUGAAGAAGCGCCACCUUCGAACAAGUAUCCUCGUGAUAAUCUUGCUUGUUCGGCGUCAACCUUUACAUCACCACACACCAAAAUCGGAUUUUUAGUUUUAAGCUUUUUAUUUUUAUAUUUAAGGACGAGUUAGAAAUUGGAUUUGAUUUUAAUUUAGACUACUUUAUCUUGUGAUAAUUUAUGUACGACGCUGCAAGCCCCAAGAUUGCAUAGCACAAACAAAAGAACGAAAAUUGGUGCGUGUUGCACUGGUUCUUAUCUUAACGAACAUCAAUUUAAAACUGUUUUCUUUUAAUUUAUUCACAUCACAAAUCCAAAUCUAUGAUUUAUUUAUUAUAUUAAUUUUGUUCUUAUUUUAUAAUCGUGUUUGUAUAGUAAUUGUAGUUAUUGUAAAAGUACCUAUUAUAAUUCAUAAGGUCGUCGUCGAAAGCACAUUCCAAGCGCAAAGAUGAGCACAACUUUUAUUGCAUUUCUAUUAGAUUUUUCUAUAAAAACAAAACAUAAGGUAACUUCUUAAAUUGUAUUUGUAAAAUGUGUAAGUUUAUUGUUUAUAUUUUUAUUUAAAUUAAUUUAAAACUAGUGAAAACAUUUAUUAUACGUGUGUAUAGUGUUUCUAAAAACUACAAUUUUAUAAGCGAUUCUCUAGAACCGCUCAGAUAUUAAUUUACUCUUGAGAAUGUAUUUUUUAAAACAGGAAUGUAAAUCUAAGCAAACAAAUUAUAUAACAUAAAAAUAUAUAAAACAAUAAAAUAAGAAAUUAUUAUUUUACUAAAUCAAAAUAUAAAAAUGUGCAGCUAACAUGGGCUGAGAUUUACAAAAUAAAUAACGUUGCUGUUUUAUUUAAAUAAAAAAGCUAUAGUUGUUUAUCAAUAUUA